AUGCGGCAAGGACGUACUCCUUCAUAUCAAACUGGGUCUACUAAUGAUCACACAUACCAUAAUGGCAGUGGUAAGUACAUCUACCUUGAAGUCUCAGCUGCAGUCUAUUCUGGUCAUGCCACUCUUGUCAGUCCCGGGUAUCUCAAGAGUGGCAGUGCUUGUCGCAUGCAGUUUGCAUAUCAUUUUUAUGGCAGUAGCAUUGGAGACAUGGACGUCUACUUUGUGACUAAUGGAGAUGGAAAAAUUCAUAAUUUGUGGUCUACAACGGGAAAUCAAGGAAACAUUUGGCAUAUGCGUUCAGUGUUUAUUGGACCACAGACGGACUUCAACAUCUAUUUUAAGGGCACUCAUUAUAUUGGUGUCCGUGGUGAUAUGGCACUGGACGAUAUCUUUUUUCUUGACUGUGAUCCGAAUUUUACACAAAGACCAUGCACCAAGAAUGAGUUCACUUGUUUACAGAGCAAGCUGUGUGUGAAAACAGAUUCACUGUGUGACUUACAUAAUGAUUGCUAUGACAGCAGCGACGAAACACACUCUUCUUGCAAGUCGGCAUUUCAAUGUGAUUUUGAGCAAAGUAUGUGUGGCUUUACAAACGAUGAGAAUAACAACUACUUUGACUGGAUGUUGGCUCGAGGCUCAACAUUUAGUUCACCAACAAGACCAGGAGCUGAUCAUACCACAGGAAACACAACUGGUCGUUAUAUGUACAUUAAUGCUUCACCCUUUCGUGCUACUGGUGACACUGCUAUUCUGUGGAGUCCGCUUUUUAAUUCUUCAACAGCAGCGAACUGUUCUGUCAGGUUCUUUGCUUUUAUGUACGGUCAACAUGUGAGGAGUCUCGUUGUGUCUCAAGUUAUUGGACAUUCGUGGACUCAACUCAGGAAUAUUACAGGAGAACAGCAGGGACAAGACUGGAAGAAAUUUAGUUUGAACGUUCCUUUAUCAAGAGGGAAGAAAUUUAAG